AAAAGUUCAUUUAGUAUUUGAACAGUCUCAGCAAGCAGAUGAGGGCAAAGGCUGCUUUAGUAGCCUUCAAAGACGCGAAGUACUAAGCCAAGGCAAAAUUAAUUAUGGCACGAGAUUAUAAAAGUAAAGAAGAAGAAGCGAUAGAUCUUGUGGAAGCCGCUGAAAAAAAACUAAAGUCUUCCGGGUUUUUUUCAUUUUUUUCAGGUUCAAGCAAAGAAGCCGAGGCUAGAGAUCUUUACAAUCAAGCAGCUAUAUGCUUUAAGAUGGUUAAAAACUGGAAAGGUGUUGGUGAUUGCUACUCUAAAGCGGCAACUUUGGCACCCACAAACUCGGAAAGGGCUUUAGAUUUCAAAGAGGCCGCUACUGCUUAUAAAAAAGUAGAUCCCAACGCUGCGCUUCAUUGUUUAAGUCAAAGUAUUAGCCUUCUCACCGAUUUGGGUCGCUUUCGGGAGGCCGCUAAGAGACAAAUAGAAGUUGCACAAAUUUACGAAGAGCAAUUAAUUGAUCUUCCCAAAGCGAUUUCUGCUUAUAGUGAUGCGGCGGACUGGUUUUCUACGGACGGAAACUGCCCUUCUGAAGAAAGAAAAGCUCUUAUCAAAGUCGCCCACUUUUCUGCUCAACUGGAAGACUAUACUCGAGCGAUUAACCUUUUUACCAAGAUCGGCUCGGAAUCCAGCGAGAAUCCUCUACUACGUUUCGGUGCAAGAGAAUAUUUCUUAAAAGCUGGGCUCUGCCAUAUAUGCACACAGGAUUUGCUUACUGCCAAGCGAGAAAUGGAAAAAUACUGCAGCCUGUGCCCCAACUUUGCCAACUCUCGUGAGCAAAAGUUCCUUCAGGAUAUCAUCAAUGCCGGAGAAGAGGAAGAUCUUGAAGCUUUUGUUGAAGUUGUGAAAAAGUAUGAUUCUAUGACUCCGUUGGAUACGUGGACGUCGACUAUUCUUUUAAAACUUAAACAAAAUCUCGGCGAAGUGUCUGUCACGUGACGAGCUUUCGGCGUUUCCAAUUUGCUACUCGCUUCGUUAAACUACUAGAAUACUU